UUACGCAUUUCAUUCAAUCACUCCAGCUAGGGCAGUUUAUGCAUUUCUUUCCAACCGUCGCCGUCGUUCGCCCUCCAGCCGCCGCCGUUCGCGCUCCAGCUCUGUCGCCGUCGUCCGCUCGGAUUCAACAACCACAGCCGUCGCCACCAUCUAUGGACUUGAUAUCAAUAUGGAAAAGGUGGAAGAUGUGUUGUUACAUCAGAAGCUUCUUGCUAGUGCAAAGGAUCCUGACAAUCAACCUGUUUUCCAUAUUCGUUUUCUGGAGAAUUUUUGCACUGGAGAUGAUGAUUUUGAGGGAGAACAGAUUUCAAGUGCUCUCCCUGCCUCAUUUCUAGAUGAUAGUGUCAAUAAUGGCGUCCACUUGUCAAAUGAUAGUUUGAUUGGGAACAGGAAUUCUGGGGGUGACUACGAGACUUUUUCUAAGCUUGAGGAUCUGAAUCAGGAUGUUAGGAAGGAUUCCAAUGAUGUAAACAAGGAGAUUUCUCUUGAAGGUUUUGCACUAAGAUAUGUAGGACUUAAUGUAGACUUCCACCCAUUGCUCGGUUAUUUGAUGGAGGGACAAAUUGAUCUAGAUUGGAAACUUAUGUAGGCAAAUGAAAAGGGGGUCUCUAUUGGGGAUUGUAUGUAUGACGCCUAUCUGACACUACACUUCAAGAAUGGAAAAUAUACAACUAAGGAGGCUGAAGAGAUAGAUGAGGUGGCUCAAAGAUGAACUUAUAAUUUUGAUCCAAGAUUUGGAAAUGAAAGAGACGAAGUUCAUGAGGCUAGGAAGGAACAAGAUUGUAGAUGAUAAAUUUGCCAAAAACGAUCCCACCACUAUUUUGCAGACUGAGAAGCUACAUGCUCAGCUAUUUUGUUAUUAACUAAAUUUUAGAAUUUGCACUGAUGUUCAAUAUUAUUAAACGCUGAUAUUUUGAGUAAUAUAUGAGUAUUUUGGUGUA